AUGGCUAGGCCAUGGAUCGGCACGCAAAGAUGGGUAGCGAUACCCAUCCGUCUUCGCAAUGAAGUCGUUGACCGACUCGAACGGUUAUCACGUACAAGCGUGGUAGAACCGUUCGAGCAAGCGACCGAACCGUGCCAAUGGCCAAUGGCAUUGAUUGAAAUCACCGCAACUUGGUUCGCUUUCUGCCAAAAGAAAUUAAUUGCGCAAAGUCAUAAGACUCGUUUGCAUCCUUCAAGACGGGGUGGGGUAUUGACCGCGGGAUGGCAGGUGGUCUCCAAUACACCCACCCUAGUAAAGCAGUGCGAUAAUCGCAACAAAAAUACAUGUAUGUCCCUCUCCCUCGUCUUUGCUGCAGAUACUGAUCAUGCCAUCCAUAUAUUCCGACUGUCCAUCCGUUCAAAUAUGAGUGUUAUGGCGAGGCAAGACCUCGAUCUCAAAGGUAUGUGUUUCCCGGGGGAUAAGACGGAGGCAGAUGUGCACUGUCUCCGUCUGGUGCUCCCUUGUCGUGGGCCCCGGGCUUGCAGGCGUUGUACAGCUCCCUUUGGGGCUGUCUCGCCCUACCAAACGCACUUCUCAGAUCAGCGCAAUUCACAUUUGAAUCCAAAGUAUUUCGUUUCGCGUAAAUCCUACCUACUACAUGAAUCGAACAUGUACACAUAA